AUCCUUGUUAUCAGACUAGAACGUUAUCUUGGAGGGAAAAUACGCUGCUUUUUGUCUGCCUUGGAAAUUUUUCACAGAGGACCAUUUUGUUAUUCUUUAAUUAAUUUUAUUCCGUGGAUGUGUUAAUAUGGAGAAUGUGGAGAAAGAGUGCGGAGCUCUGGGCGGGCUUUUUCAGGCUAUCGUCAAUGAUAUGAAGAGUUCCUACCCCAUCUGGGAAGACUUCAGUGCCAAGGCCACCAAACUGCAUUCUCAGCUGAGGACCACAGUGCUGGCUGCUGUGGCUUUCCUGGAUGCCUUUCAGAAAGUGGCAGACAUGGCAACCAACACCAGAGGCGCCACCAGAGAUAUCGGCUCAGCUCUGACCCGGAUGUGCAUGAGACAUCGCAGUAUCGAAUCAAAACUGCGGCACUUCACCAAUUCCCUGAUGGAGAGUCUCAUCACACCACUGCAGGACCGCAUUGAGGACUGGAAGAAGACCGCCACUCAGCUUGACAAGGACCAUGCGAAAGAGUAUAAACGUGCCCGUCAUGAGAUCAAGAAGAAAUCCUCGGACACGCUGAAGCUGCAGAAGAAGGCCAGGAAAGAACUCCUAGGUAAGGGUGACCUGCAGCCUCAGUUGGACAGUGCCCUGCAGGAUGUCAAUGACAUGUACCUGCUGCUGGAAGAGACAGAGAAGCAGGCAGUCAGGAGGGUUCUGGUGGAGGAGCGCGGGAGAUUCUGCACCUUCAUCGGCUUCCUGCAGCCUGUUGUGAAUGGAGAGAUCGCCAUGCUGGGAGAGAUCACUCAUCUCCAGGCCAUAAUUGAUGACCUCACUGUCCUGACCGCCGACCCUCACAAACUGCCCCCGGCCAGCGAGCAGGUCAUCAUGGACCUGAAGGGCUCGGACUAUAGCUGGUCCUAUCAGACCCCUCCCUCCUCACCGAGUAGCUCCGGCUCCAGGAAAUCCAGCAUGUGCAGCAGUGUAAACAGCACCCACAGUAGUGCAUCUCGCUCCUCCAGCGGCUCUCAGACUCACUCACCCAGUUCGUCCUAUCGAUACCGCAGCCUGGCCCACCCCCCGCCCGGCGGGACCCAGCGGCUCAGCAGCGUCUCCUCUCACGACUCGGGCUUCAUCUCGCAGGACGCUGCCCUCUACUCCAAGCCACCCUCGCCUAUGCCCUCUGAUAUCAUCAGCCAGAAGUCCUCGAGCUCUGCCUCCUCUGAAGCCUCGGAGACCUGUCAGUCAGUGAGCGAGUGCAGCUCUCCCACCUCGGUUAGUUCAACCUCUACCGCUGGGGCCUGGUCAGGGGGAGAAAAGUUUGGCUCGUCCUUCGCUACCUUCCGCCCUGCUCUCUCUCUCACUGGCUCCAUCCGGCCUCUCUCUGUCAUUCUUCCUGCGUCCCCACCCCAUAAUCGCCCCCCUGGAACCAACACUUACACUCCCUCAUCAGUGGUUCCUUGCUGGAAGGAUUGGUCCAAGCCGAGCCCCUAUGACCAGCCAAUGGUCAGCACGUUACAGCGGAGGAAGGAGCCAGCCGAGCGACACAGAGAGUCUGAGCUGGCCCUGCCCCCCCAGGUGUACCCUGGGAUACACCCAGAGGACGCCCAGAGGCUCAGGAUGACCCCGGCCACCAUCGCUGCCAAGCAUGGUGAGGAGAUGUCCCCAGCUGCUAGUGAUCUGGCCAUGGUCUUGACUCGUGGUCUCAGCAUGGAACACCAGAAGAGUAGCCGUGACUCCCUGCAGUACUCCAGCGGCUACAGCACCCAGACCACCACCCCCUCCUGCUCUGAGGACACCAUUCCCUCGCAAGUGUCGGAUUAUGACUGCUACUCAGUGAACGGGGACAUGGAGGGGGAGGUGCAGAGCGAGUUUGACAAGUCCUCCACCAUCCCCCGCAACAGCAACAUUGCGCAGAACUACCGCCGCAUGAUCCAGACCAAGAGGCCAGCCAGCACUGCAGGCCUGCCCAGUGGAGCCACGGGCCAGGGGGGGCACCCGGGAGGGGGAGGAGGUGGAUUGACCCCGGGGGUGGCCACCAUCCGCCGCACCCCCUCCACCAAACCCUCGGUGAGGCGCACCCUGUCCAACGCUGGACCCAUACCCAUCCGCCCGCCUAUAGUGCCGGUCAAGACCCCCACGGUACCUGAUUCGCCAGGUUACACGGGCCCUCCGGUGAGGGUCGGCAGUGAGGAAUGUGUUUUCUACUCCGAGGACACGUCACCCAACGCUAUGGAUUUCGUCAAGGCCUCUCCCAAGCGUCUCAGCCUCCCCAACACAGCCUGGGGUUCCGGCGCGGGGCUGGAGAUGAGCGUCUACGCCCAACCUCCCCCUCCUAUAGUCCUGACCUCCGAAGAGGACCAGCUGCUAGCCGCUAACCGCCACAGCCUGGUGGAGAAGAUUGGAGAACUGGUGGCCAGCGCCCACGCCCUGGGGGAGGGCCAGUUCCCCUUCCCCUCCCUCCCUGGAGACGACCCCUUGGCCCCGCCCCCGGGCCCUGGCGUGGCAGAGGAGCCAGCCUCCGACGGAGACAUGCUGGUGGCGAUUCGGAGAGGCGUGCGGCUGCGCAAGACGCUCACCAAUGACAGGUCAGCGCCCAGGAUUUUGUGAUGACCGUGGCCCGCACACACAAUUCACACUUCACGGACUCCUUAGAGAAAUUAAAAUAAGUCAAAUAAAAAAAUGAAUACAUAAAACAAAAUUAAAAAUGAUAAAAGGUGAAGAAAUAAUUAAAUAAAGAAAGAAAUAAAAAAAAAAACCUGGGCCGCUACUUUAGCGUGUACGGACGCAUGUUUUACAGUUUCUAAUUUACGCCACCACCAGAUGUUUUGACUGUAUCGAGGCACUGAGAUACUGCUGGGGGAGGCUGUUUUCUGCUUACAGCCCUCAACCACCCCACCAACCUAAGCCUAGACUGCCUGGGAGGGGUGCAGGCAGAGGGACUGAUCACUGAGAUCAUUGCCUGUCUUUUCUCAACGCUCCUCUCCACCCUUAUGGACUUCACACUGUAGACUUGUUUCUAUGGUAACACUCUCCUUGUCUCUCUGUCUUUCUGUCUGUCUGUGUAGCUGGCUGGCUCAAGGGUGUGGAAUACAUUCUGUGCUGUGGGGUUUUUUUUUCUUAAAAAGAUUUUAAAAUACCACCAUGCAACAUCCAUCCAUCCAUAACAAUCAACAAAUUAUUGUAACAAUAACAGAAACAUUUUUUGUGCAAAAUGCAAUUUUUUUUCAUGAUAUGUAUUUAAACACACCAAGUGAUUGUUUACUAAAAAUUGGAUACAGGAAUGGCUGUAGUUUGAGUAACGGAACAACAUUAAAUUUGUAACAGGCUGUAAUUCAUAUGUCUACCACCAGGUUUCAUUGUAGCGUAAGCAAUGAAAUCACCCACACAGGAAUAAUGGUAGAGAGGGGGUUUAAUUCCAUGGUACACUAAAAUGUGUCACUGUCCUUUAAAAAUGAGAUGUGUGUCACCUUGUGGGGCCUUCCCUUACUAGAUAUUGUGAUAGAUAAAUUAAUGCAUAAAUGAAAAUAUGUGGGCAGUGAUUUGCAAAAGUGAAACGGGACAUUGUGUUGGGAAGAGUGAGAGUGUAAGAGAGAGCAGGACGUGAAGGAAAGGGUCUUGAUAAAGAGAUGCAGGAAGUCUGGUAGAGUUGUAUGAAAGCUGGGGUGUUGCUCUGCGAUAAAGGUGUGGUUGUAAACAUUGCCUGGGAAUCUGUAAAGUGCAAUAUAAUAAUAAAAAUUGAAUAACAGCUACAGUUCAGUAUAUCUUCUGUAUAUAACUUAUAGAAAAAUACAUGGCUCUAAUCCUAAAAUUAUGAGAAAUGAUGGUCCAUAUUGGCUUUUAUUAUUUGGGGUACCACUAGGUCUUACUGACUUUUGAUUGGGGUUAGGGGAUAAAGAAGACCAAAAUAUGUUCUCUUUAGGUGUGGUCUACCCUCAUGGGGUGUGUGUGUGUGUGUGUGUGUGUGUGUGUGUGUG